AUGGACUUCCUCAAGAAAAUUUUUGGUCCUAACAACUUGCCGCAAGACAGCUUUGCUCCGAACAAUAAUGCUGAGUGUAUGUCAAGAACAUGUGUGUCAAUGCACACCGGAGUUGCUGAAACACCUGGGCGUCGCCGUGUCUUUAGUACUGCUGACGGGAAGUCCCUGUAUGUGGCAGACAACGAUUUCAAUAACUUUUCUGCGAUUAGAACGUUGUUUGAAGGUCGGCUUAACUGUUUCACUUAA